UCGAGUGGAUGAUCCUCACCACCAUCAUCGCCAACUGCAUCGUGCUGGCGCUGGAGCAGCACCUGCCCGACGACGACAAGACGCCGCUGUCCGAGCGACUGGAGGAAACGGAACCCUACUUCAUCGCCAUCUUCUGCUUCGAGUCGGGCAUCAAGAUACUGGCGCUGGGCUUUGCGCUGCACAAGGGCUCGUACCUGCGCAACGGCUGGAACGUCAUGGACUUUGUGGUGGUGCUCACCGGCAUUUUAUCGUCCCUGCGCUCUUACAUCGACCUGCGGACGCUGCGAGCCGUGCGGGUGCUGCGGCCGCUCAAACUGGUGUCGGGGAUUCCCAGCCUGCAGGUGGUGCUCAAGUCCAUCAUGAAGGCCAUGAUCCCGCUGCUGCAGAUCGGCCUGCUGCUCUUCGUGGCCAUCCUGAUGUUCGCCAUCAUCGGCCUGGAGUUCUACAUGGGCAAGUUCCACACCACCUGCUACGACGACUUCACGGGUGAGAUCGUGGACAAGGUUCCGUGCGGCUCCAAGUUGCCCUCCAGGCUGUGCCCCAACGGCACCACCUGUCGCGACGGCUGGAUCGGGCCCAACUACGGCAUCACGCAGUUUGACAACAUCCUGUUUGCCGUCCUCACCGUCUUCCAGUGCAUCACCAUGGAGGGCUGGACCGAGAUGCUCUACUACAGCAACGACGUGGAGGGCAGCGCCUGGAACUGGAUGUACUACAUCCCGCUCAUCAUCAUCGGCUCUUUCUUCAUGCUCAACCUGGUGCUGGGCGUCCUCUCCGGCGAGUUUGCCAAAGAGCGAGAACGCGUGGAGAACCGCAGCGAGUUCCUCAAGCUGCGGCGGCAGCAGCAGAUCGAGCGCGAGCUCAACGGCUAUCUGGAGUGGAUCUGCAAAGCGGAGGAGGUGAUCCUGGCCGAGGAGGACGGCGGCGCCGGCGCCGCCGCCAGCUUCGACGGUUCCCGCCGCCGCCCGCCCAUGAAGUCCAAGAACAACAAGACGGAGCUGCUCAACGCUGAGGAAGGCUUCGCCCGCUCCAGCAUCAAGAGCGGCAAAGACGGCUCGGGCUACGGCACGAAGGAGAAACGUCUGCGCUUCUUCAUCCGCAAGAUGGUCAAGACGCAAGCCUUCUACUGGACCGUCCUGUGCCUGGUGGGCCUCAACACCAUGUGCGUGGCGGCCGUGCACUACGACCAGCCCGAGCUGCUCUCCGACUUCCUGUUCUAUGCAGAGUUUAUUUUCCUGGGUUUGUUCAUGUCUGAGAUGCUGAUCAAGAUGUACGGGCUUGGCAUUCAGCCCUACUUCCACUCCUCCUUCAACUGCUUUGAUUGUGUGGUGAUCAUGGGCAGCAUCUUUGAGGUGAUAUGGGCCACCAUCAAGCCAGGCACGUCUUUCGGGAUCAGCGUCUUGCGAGCGCUGAGACUUUUGAGAAUCUUCAAGGUCACCAAGUACUGGGCUCCGCUGCGCAACCUGGUGGUGUCCCUGCUCAAUUCCAUGAAGUCCAUCGUCAGCUUGCUCUUCCUCCUCUUUCUCUUCAUCGUGGUCUUCGCCCUGCUGGGCAUGCAGCUCUUCGGCGGACAGUUCAACUUUGAAGAUGGAACGCCACCCACCAACUUUGACACUUUUGCGGCGGCCAUCAUGACGGUGUUUCAGAUCCUGACGGGAGAGGACUGGAACAUGGUCAUGUACGACGGCAUCGAAUCUCAAGGGGGCGUCAACGACAAGGGGAUGAUCUUCUCCAUUUUCUUCAUCGUCCUCACCCUCUUCGGCAACUACACGCUGCUCAACGUCUUCUUGGCCAUCGCCGUGGACAACCUUGCCAACGCUCAGGAGCUCACCAAGGACGAGGAGGAGCAAGAGGAGGCGGCCAAUCAGAAGACGGCGCUGCAGAAGGCCAAAGAGGUGGCCGAGGUCAGCCCGCUUUCGGCCGCCAAUCUCUCCAUCGCCGCUAAAGAGCAGCAGAAGAAUCACGCCAAGCCGGGCGGCAAGUCGGUGUGGGAGCAGCGCACCAGCGAGAUCCGCCGGCAGAACCUGAUGACCAGCCGAGAGGUGCUUUACAACGAGCUGGAGCAGGACGAUUGGAAGGUGGGAAGCGAGGGAGACGAGGUGUCAUUUGCGCGGAAAGGCCACGGAGACGUGAAAACCCACUUGGACCGCCCCCUGGUGGUCAACCCGCAGGACAACCGCAACAACAACACCAACAAGACUCCUCCAGGCCAGCUGCCCCUGGACCAGGAAUACCAACAGCAGGACCUUGACCGCACCCACCGCGCCGCGCCCCCCCACCACCACCACCACCAUCAUCAUCACCACCACCAUCACCGUCACCACCACCAUCACCACCAGAGGGUGCCGGAACCGCCCGACCGGGAGCAACCGGCGGCGGGGGACGACGUGGGCCCAGAAGCCGGCAACCGGGAGGGCCAUCGGCCGGAGGAGAGGCACGGACACAGGGGCCACCGGGGCCACCGGCGCAGGAACCGCGAGGCUUGCGGCGAGGGCAACGACGAGCACCGCAGAGCCCGACGUCACUGCAAGGGUGAGCCCGGCCGGAGGUGCGGCUCCAAGGGAGCCCAGGCAGAUGGAGAGGACAGCGAGGGCCGCAAGGCCAGGCGCCAUCGUCACGCCAAUCAGGAAAGAAGCGGAGGACGUCGCUCUAGAAAGCUGACGCUCACGCCGCCGCCGCCGCCUUCGCCUCCUUCUCUGGGUUCCGCCAGGGAGCAGCAGGGCGCCGGUCCCAGCCUGUCCACCUCGCGGCCCAUCCGGCAAGACGAGGAGGACCUGGACAACUUGCGCAACAACAGCAAGCUGGCCAGUCGGCCGCAGCACGUCAACAACCCGCUCAAGCGCUGCGGCGACGCCGCCGACACCCACGCCCUCCUGCGCAGCAUGGACAGCCUGAUCCUCAGCAGCAUGGCUAAGCCGGACUACACCGGCGUGGACCUUCCGCCCGUCUACCCUUACCCGUCGACCAACGCCGUCCUGCAAGUCAACAAGAACGCCAACACGGAACCGAAGAAGAACGAAGAGAAGGACAACGGCGACGAGGACGACGACGAGGACGGCCCCAAGCCCAUGCCGCCUUUCAGCUCUUGCUUCAUCUUGUCCACCACCAACCCCUUCAGGAGGUGCUGCCACUACAUCCUCACCCUCAAAUACUUUGAGUUCAGCAUCCUGUCCGUCAUCGCCAUGAGUAGCAUCGCGCUGGCGGCUGAGGACCCGGUGUCGCCGGACUCGCCGCAAAACAACGUGCUGCGCUACUUUGACUACGUCUUCACCGGCGUGUUCACUUUUGAAAUGCUCAUCAAGAUGGUGGUUCUGGGCCUGUUCCUCCAUCAAGGCUCCUACUUCCGCGACUUGUGGAACAUUCUGGACUUUAUAGUGGUUAGUGGUGCUCUGGUGGCCUUCGCCUUCACAGGGAGCAGUAAGGGCAAAGACAUCAGCACCAUCAAGUCGCUGCGAGUGCUACGGGUUCUGCGUCCUCUCAAGACCAUCAAAAGACUCCCCAAGCUCAAGGUAAUGCUUUCAAUACACAAAUUCACCGUUCCUCUGUCUAUGAAUCCGUUUUAA